AUGGUCGUGGCGGCGACCGGAACAUCGGCGAUGAACCGAUGGAAACACUGGGGGUCCACAACGGCCGGAGCCGGGGAGGAGGGCGGUCAGGGCGCGGAGGAAGAGGCAGUGGGGCAAGAGGACUACGAAAAAGCGGUGAAGAGACAUCCUCUGGCGGAUGUGACUUCGACAGAGUUGCCGCUCGGUCAAGUGCUGCGGACGGUGGGUGAGCUCGUUGGGGGUGGAGGGCUCAAAGUCUCUGCGGUGGGAAAACACAUCACCUUGCUAAAGGGCGUGCCCUCCGGCGUGUCCUCCCGAGCGACCCACCUUUUCCUCAGCAACAACAGCCUGCGCUGGUUGCGAGGCGUUGAAGCCUUUUCGGGCGUGGUCUGCCUCUCCAUCUCACACAACCUUGUGCGCCGGACGGAGGACCUCCACCCCCUCUCGCUUUUGGCUCACCUGGAGACGUUAUCGCUGGAGGGCAACCCCGUGUGCGGUGCGGCCAACUACCGGGCGCAUGUGGUCUCGCUUGCAUCCGCGUGCCUCAAGACGCUGGACGGUAGAGAGGUCAUUUCUGGGGAGACGUCCGAUGCUCCAGCCAUCGUCGCUGCCGAAAGGUCCGCGACAAGCAGCGGUUGCAGCACCGGCGGUGGCGGUAUCGGCGGCGAUCAGCUACCUUGGAGGUUUCGCCGGGGAGGAAGGGUGUUCAACGGCCAGCGGGUGGCGUGGCGUCAACGUAUGGCUGUAGCCAUGCCCGUACACCAGGCAGAUAGCUGGCCCGUUUUCGACCAAUCAGAGCUGAAGGUGCUCGAGAGACAGACCCUCGACGAGGCUGCAGAAGUGCUCGGUGAGUACGGCGAACAAAAGCGUGCGUUUUGCUUGCUGGGUUUCAUGGGAAGCACCGUGCCCUCCUUUCAAUCGUCGUCUUGGCAAACAGUGGAUUUUUCGUUUGAUCAACUCCAUCUUCCGAAUUUGGGACGCCGGAUAUCUCAAAGCGUACUCUCACCGGCGUCGUUGACAUUCCGACUGUGCGCGUGUGACAUUUUCCGGUGGAAACGGCAUGGCGACCAAGCCGAUGUUGUGACUAGCCGGCGGGCUGCGGGCCAGCGCACGAACGAGCUUUUGGAAAGCGCGGUAGCGACGCUCAAUUCACCUGGCACCCGCAUGUGGGUGCAGGUGCUAGGAGAGGUCCAGCGGCGAACUGAAGGCAAAGUGAGCGACGUUGUGUUGCGCUGCGAGAGUGUCCGUCGGCGAGAGGCGGAACGCUUUCGCCACGUGUCCGGGCAGACGAACACCUUCUUGCACGACCUCGCGGCCGCCGUCGGCUGCAGCGACAAUCAGUGGGCGGUGCCACCUUGUAAAGCAGCAGCAGUGCAGCGAACCACUGGCUCCAGCGCCGGUGGCGGCGCGCAGAGGAAUAAGAGAAGUAUAACUUCUUCUAUGCCCCUGGGGGCGUCUAGACCAUCGCCGUCGAUACCGCUGCCACAGCCAGCGGAUAAGCCCCGAGUGAGGAUGCUCUCCAGCCCCGAACGAAGCCGGACGGUACGCACGACGCUUAGUCGCAACUGUCCCGUGGGCAUCGCUGGAACCGUCCCCGUUGCAGACACUGCGCAGUCACCGGAGGCGAUGGCGGAGAAAUCGAUCGGCCUUGAUGUCCCUAACCGUGCAACAGAGAACGGAGGACGAGGUAUGGCCGGGACUGGAAAACGGGACCCACCGUCUCCGGGACAUACUCCUCGCGGGAUUGAGGGGGAAUCGGCCACCGGGGGCAAGAACGAGGUGGCGCGUACUGAACCGAACAAAACUCUCGAUCUUGCCGCCCAGGCGCUUCGUAAUCGCUCUGCUUCGCCAGCCCUGCUUGGUGCUCAGUCCGAGGCUGGAGCGGUAGGGCAAGGCACCACGGUGGCGGCGGUGGAGCGGGUGCCAGAGGUUGGAGCGGUCGGAAGGGGUCAGAACCCUAAAUCUAUAACAACGAUGACCUCCGCGGCAAAGGUUUUACUAGCUAGGAGAGAGGACGGCGAGAGACUGGGCGGCCCGUUCUCCCCGUCCCCACCGCCGGUAGCUGCUUUACAAGACCCUUCUUCCAAAAAGUCAGCGGUGGCGGGGCGCAGAAAUCCACCAAUGGCGGAGGUUGAUGAGCUUGUGGACAGUGGCGGAGACAACAAAGCAGAGACUCAAUUGUCGAGAUGCCGCGUCAGCAACAGGUUCGAGGGAAGACCAGACGGUGCUCCACAAAUUGUGAACGGGUCAAACGCAAGAGGGAAGCUGAUUGUUGGACAAAACAGCACUGGAGAAGGCCCGGAAAGCAAUGAAAGGAGAUCAGAAUUCCGCAGAGUCUCUCCUGGUGGUGAGUCGGAGGAGCAGCCACCACAACCUGACUCUAUGGCUUCUCCAGGCGUGUACACCCUCGCCACGGCAGCAGCCAACCUCGUUGAUGGCCGUCCCGCGACUGGGCAGCAACAGCUCGGCGUCCGAUGGGAUGUUGGGACGAUUCGGAGUGGUACGGCCGGGAACCCAGCCGAACAAGGCGAGGGUGGAGGUGCGGAGGGCGAGGUGCGCGCCGGAGGUCAUCACGGGAGCACCUCCGAGGCGACAAGGCAGCUCCUGCGGGAAGCUCUGCGGGUGAAGCGUGUGCUUGCCGAGAUGGACAAGGCCGACGCUACCGGAUCCGCUAUUGACAACGGCCUCGGAGACGAGGAUCCCGAGAAAUUCCUCGCUAGCGUCGGCCUGGUCGAGCUCAAGCCCUUGUCCGCGAGGCUCGUGGAAGCACUGGAACGCGCGCCUCGACCCCUUCGAGGAGAUACCUCUGUUGCCGUGCCCGAGCCACGCACCACGCGGGGGCUACGAGACCAGGUGGCCGCUCUGGGCAAAGAGGUGGUCCAGCGAACGGAAGCGUGCGCCGAGGCACGAAAACUGCACGCGGCGCUGCGGAGGCAGGUCGAGGUCACACGCCGAGCCCGCGCUAGAAACCUUGACAGGGUGGACGUGACCUGCCGCACGCUGAUCGCCAAGGCUGGGGGCGAGGUGCAGGUUCUCCACGAGUCCAGGCGCGUCGCGCACGAGGCAGAACGCUAUCACGCGACCCUCGCCCGAAUCCAGGAGCAAGUGGAGGCGACCACUGGCGAAACUCGCAAGAUUGUCUCCACCAGCGAAGCCAUUGCAUGGGAACUCCGUGCAGAGAUGGAGGGGCGCGGUGGGGAGCUCUCAUGCCGCAAACGCGAUGCCGAAGAGGGGCUGGCGGAUUGGGAGAGAGCGGCACAAAACGACCCACACUUGCGAGCCCGCCGCCGGGCCUACGACUGCGAACUUCUAGUUCUUCGCCACCGGAUGGGUUGCGGCGGCGCCAACAACAUCAGCCUCGCCUCCGCAUUCCACCACCUCCGCACCCGCACAGCGCAGCAGCGGCGAGCUCGAGAGUGGUUUGAAAGGUCUACUGCCCGCUGCAACGCACUCCUUGUUCGCUCCGCUUUUUCCGCCCUCGCUAGAGGAAGUCGGUCCAGGGCAGCGACGGCGGCGGUGGCCGCCGCUCGCUGUCGGAGGGGCCUAGCCGCUUGGAAACGGGCGGCCACGUUAGCCCGGAAGAUCCAGACGUUGUGCUGGAUGAGGGAGCGGGCGGCUGCCGUGAAGACCUUACGGGGAUGGCGGCAACGGUGUGUGAAGGCGGUGUAUUUGGAAGGCGGCGGCGUCGGGGGUGAUGAUGGCAGGUGGGCGACUGGGCGAGAAGAGAGGGAGGAUUCAGAGUGGAGGCUAGAGUUGUUUCGGGAACGCAGGGCCAAGAGGAUUGUACUUCAGGCAUGGCGGGCUGCGGCGCAGACGUCGGCGGUGAUAGCGGUGAUGCUCGGGGAGACGAGAUGUGGCUGGGGGCCCGGGGUGGGGCGACGUGGCUGUGCGCCCAUUCAAGAUGAGGUUGCUGCGUAUUCAGGGUGGGGCGCCAGGCUUCGCACUGCCGAGGCCCUCGGGCGUCGGCAUCGGUUUGAGACUCAAAUCGGUUCAGCCUUCCGUUGGUGGCGGCGACAUCGGCAGUGCAAUGUGCUGGCCAGAACGGCAGGUCAACGGCGAGCGAUCCGGCGCUGGAGGCACCGGGUGAACGAUAUUCGUUCGUCACACGAGGCUACUGCUGAGGCUCGGGGCAGGAGUCCUCGCCUGGCUUGGACGGCGGCAUUUGCCCGACGGCGCCGAUUCGCUGCCCUCUCCGUAUGCUUUUCUGCGUGGACGUCCACCCCCCGCCGCGUGGCGGCAAUCCACUCCCUCACGAGACGGGCCGCAGCACGACGGCGGCGCCUCGCCCUCGCAGUGGGCUUUCGCGCGUUCAGUCUUUCAGGCCGCCGAGCAGCAACCGCUGCAUUAGCGGCCACUGCGGAAAGAAGCCACAACAGGCGUGGUGAAGACAUGACUAGGUACAACAAUGGCCAUGGGCCGAGAAGAGACAUGGGCUUUGUUGUUGAGGAGGCUACUGAUCCCAUACAAACGGCUAUCGCCGCGAAGGUUGCGCUGGAGGGGGAGGUGAGCUUACUCCGGGCAGGCCUAGCGCAGGAAAAAGCCCGUGUUCUAGAGCGGCACGCAGUGGUGUGCGAGAUGGCCAAGGAGGUCGCCCGCUCCGAACGGGAGCGAGCGCGGUACGCCAAGGUCCUUCGUCAACAGGUGAAGGAGCAGCAACAGAAGCCGCCGCCGCCGCGCUCUUCCCCGCCAAACAUGACCACGGGCGCCGAAGGGGAAGAUCGGGCCUUGGGUAAACCCUCGUUGCCGUGGCAUGAUGGGUUUAUGACUGUGCAGCGUGAAGGUGAGGAGAGUGGAGAUGGGGAAGUUGCCGCAGCAGUCGUCGGAGAACCCUAUCGUUCCCGCGGGAGUGGGAAGAUGGGCUCGAUGAAGCUCACAGAAAAGGAGAGCUUGCUGAUCAUGAAGCUUCAAGCGGAGACUCGGGAAAUGCGCCGAAGAGAGGCAGUGGCGGCGAAGCAGGAGGAACGGCUGAAAUUGGAGGCAGCGCGGAAAGCAGCCGCGACCGCAGCGUCGCUCGAAAGUGCUUUGGCGGAGCAGAACCGGCUAAAGGCGCAGGCAGAGCAGCGCGAGGUUCUCAUCGCCCAGCUGGACUCGGAAGCUCAGCAGGCGGCCGCGCAAGCUGCUGCCCUCUCGGACCGGCUCGCGGGAGCCGAGCAAGACCUUGGCUUCGAGGCCACCCGCAACACACAGGAGCUGCGCGAGAGGAACGAGGGCAAUGCCCGCCUUCGAGCAGCGGCUACCGCCGCCGAGGAACGCAUCGCUAUCGCCGAAAGUACCCUGCGGCAAAAAAGGCUGGAGAUCGAGGAGUUACGAUCGAAAUGCGCAAAGGCUGGCCUGGGUAUCGGUGGCCGGGGUAAAGGGGGCCGCCAGAGCCGCGGCGGUAGGGCGAGCGAUACAGCGGGGUUGGAGUUUCGAAUUUUUGCUGCUUCGGCGGACGCUCGGUCUGCCCUUGACAGGUGCACCGUCGCUGCCGACGAGAGGCGCACUGCUGCGGGGUCUGUGCUUGCAGAAGCCUUACGCGUGGCCGGAUCGGAGGCUGAUACAAUCAAGUCCAACGAGGAAGAUUUUGACUGUACUAGUCGCGAUGAAGGAGGAGUGGCGGCGGCCCGACGGAUUGCGGCAGAGAGCGUGGCCGACGAACGACGUGAAGUGGCGGACCUUGCGUUGCGGGAGGCGGAGGCCAAGCUACGCCACUCCGCCGACCUCAGCCUGCGCGCCAGCCUCGACCACCGACCAUUAGCAAACCCAAGGCCUUCGUUCGAGGAAGGCGCAACUACAACCCCCAGUUCCAAGGUCAAUAGCCCUGUGCCUGGGUCUCGUGAUCCCGCUCCUGACAGACCCGAAAACCGAAAGGGAAACCCCAAUCUCCACGGGAACUUCAGAGAGGAGGCCGCCACUGAGCAAGAGCACCCGAUUGAAGAAAAACGUGCAUCUCAGCCCGCGCGUAACAAGGACGGUGAGCUAGCUAGGACUGGCGAAACGACCCUCUUCAAUUCCUCAUCUUGUCCUUCCUCCUCCAGUUUGCCGAGCGGGGGGCACCAAAGCAACAACGAGAGCGGCAGCCACGCCGAGGGCAUUGGUGAAGCAGGCAGGUGUCCUGAUCCGGGUGUACGAAACGAACAUAGCUUGAAGACUGACGCCGAUGGUAGGCAACAUCAGCAGCAGGAACCAGCCCCGGACGGUUUGCGAGAGUUGAAGCGGGAGAUUUUCGACCUCGAAGGGAAGAUUUUGGGACGCCUUGGUGGUAGCGGUGGUGGCCAUGAUGACAGACCGACCGAGAGGUAUCCUUCCGGAAAUCGCGAAAGAAAUGGAAAUGUUGUCGUGGCAAACUUCCUGGAGAACUCAACCCGCGGCAUGACAACCCGGCAUGGACAGCGCCAGCAGCAGCAGCAGCAGCAGCAGCAGCGGCCCCCAUCAAGUCGAAAAGAAGCCUCGCCCACUACGAUGGUCCGUCGAAGCGUAAGCUCGAGGCCGUCAUUUUCGACAUCUAUGAGGGCAACACGUCGCGGGCGGGAAGCAAAAGUGUCGCCUGCGGGGCGCACAAGGACUGGCCGCGAUCCGCACGGCGUGGAACGCACAAGGCGUCCCCAAAAGACGGCAAGAUCGAUCGAAGCAACCAGCUCUUGCCCAGACUGUUCGCCUUAGCUGGGAUAGGGUGUCCGCCGUCGCUUCGGCGGAAACAUCAGCGUCUGGCCGCAGCGGGGGAAGUAGACGAGGCGAUUUGAGGCGGACCGGAAGCCGUAAUAACAGUUUUGGCACGCGGUGACCGACUUGUUGG